AGGAUUAUCGAAUAAUUUAAUUUAAAAAUAAAUGCAAAGUAAUUUUUUUUCUGACAUUUUAAUUUUUGAAUUUCUGAGUCUCAAAGAUGGCGGCUGGCAAAAAAAUAUUUUCUCAUCGGAAGUCAAAGUAAAAGUAAUCGGGCAACUUUUUAGUGAAUAAAUUACCAUUAAUAAAUAAACAAUUGAUUUUUUGUACUGAAUUUUUGUAGCGAAAAAAAACUGAGUGUUUAAAAAACUAAAAACUCAUGAAUUUCGAAAUCCAGAACUGAUAUUAAAGUUUUUUAACAAAUUUACUGAUAGUAAAUUAUCAACACCAGUUGUUUGAAAACACUAAUGUGUUUUAUGUCACUUACAAUUAAUUGUGCUGAUUAAAUCUAUGGGUUUUUUUUUUAUUUUGUUAAUUGAAAUUGUGAUAAAAAUAUUUUUUUUUAGAGCAGCAUCCUUCUGUUGAUUCACAUAACAACACUCCAGCCUAAUGUCUGUAUGGUCGACAAGCACCGGACGCAAUUCAGUGUUUGGUGCCGAGGGUGGACCAACGACCGCAGCUUCCACUCAUCCCACGAUACCAAUUGACGUUCAUUCCCACUCUCAUCUUCACACCACCGAGGGUCACUGUUUCAAUAAACGUUUCUACAAGUGCCAGAAAACAAUGUCACAGUCGGGCGAUGGCCUUCAUACGCCGAGUUAUCUUUCUUGGAGAAAAUUGCAGCUCAGUAGGGCAAAGCUCAAGGCUUCCAGCAAGACAUCAGCAUUACUCUCCGGGUUUGCUAUGGUUGCAAUGGUUGAAGUACAAUUGAGUACAGACACUAAAGUGCCAACAGAAAUGCUGAUAGCAUUCGCUGUAUGUACGACACUACUCGUAGCCGUCCAUAUGCUCGCGUUGAUGAUCUCGACCUGCAUUCUCCCCAACAUUGAGGCUGUUUGUAAUCUCCAUAGCAUAAGUCUGGUCCAUGAAUCUCCACAUGAACGUCUUCAUUGGUACAUCGAGGUGGCCUGGGCUUUCUCGACACUACUGGGACUCAUAUUAUUUCUGAUCGAAAUCGCCAUACUCUGUUGGGUUAAAUUUUACGAUUUUUCUCAAGUCGCCGCUUGGUCGGCGUGCGUUGUACUGAUACCUGUACUAAUUGUCUUUCUUGCAUUCGCGGUUCACUUUUAUCGCAGCCUUGUCGCUCAUAAAUACGAAGUCACAGUAUCGGGAAUACGGGAACUAGAAUUACUUAAAGAGCAAAUUGAAUCUACGGAUAUUGAAGGUAGAAAUGGCAAUAUGUUGCAAUCAAACACACAUAUUGUUUGAUUUUUAUAUUA